CUAUUGGUAUAUAUUUUUAGCAUUUUCCUAAAGAAAAUAAGUACAUCACUUCAAACAAUUGAAUCGGUUACCUAUUUUCUUAAAAACUUUACCUUUGCACAAUUAUGAUCCAUGGGAUUUAACUUUUUCACAAUUAGAAUCCAAUCUAACAGCUCAAAUUGAAUUGAGACAUCUCACACCUCAAAUUGAAAAGCGAGGUACUGCAUAAAAAUAUCUACCAAAUAUAGUUUUCUAUUUACAACUCCCACAACUCUAAGUUUUUUUUCUGAGCUUUCUUCCUCAAGCUUUUCCCAGCUUAUCAACAAUUCAAGACUGGAUUUUUUCGGUUUAGGAAGAAAAAAGACUGGAUUUUUACAGAUUUAGAGAGAGAAUUUGAAGAUGGGGGAGGCUGUUUUGAGUAGUAGUGAGGAUUGGGCAGUGAAAGGAGAUAGUGAAGUUGAGAAAAGGAGGAAGAAGAAGAUGGAAGAAAUGGAGAAUAAUAAUAAAAUUGAUAAUGAUUGUGGUGAUGAUUGUGAUGAUGGUGAUGAUGAUGAAGUUGUGGAGAUUAAGAUGAAAGAUGGGUGUAGCUCAAGUGGAGCUAUUACUACCUGGGAAAGAUUUUUGCCCAGAAUGAUGAUGAGGGUUUUGUUGGUUGAAGCUGAUGAUUCAACAAGGCAGAUUAUUACUGCUCUUCUCAGAAAAUGUAGCUAUAGAGUUGCUGCUGUGGCUGAUGGCUUAAAAGCAUGGGAAUUACUGAAAGGAAGACCCCAUAACAUAGAUCUUAUAUUGACAGAAGUGGAUCUUCCAUCAGUAUCCGGUUUUCGGUUACUUACCUUAAUCAUGGAACAUGAUGUUUGCAAAAACAUUCCUGUUAUAAUGAUGUCUUCACAAGAUUCGAUCGGUAUAGUUUACAGAUGCAUGAUGAGAGGUGCUGCUGAUUAUCUUGUUAAGCCUAUUAGAAGGAAUGAACUGAGUAAUCUAUGGCAACAUGUUUGGAGAAGAAAAUCUGCCUCGAGAAAUGGUCUUCGAUAUGAAGGUGUUGCACAAAAUAAGGGUGAAGCCACUUCUGAAAAUGACCCUGCAACCAAUCAAUCCAAUGGCUAUAUUCCUUCCAUUCAAAGAAAUGAAGAAAACAUCGAUAAAGGGAGCGAUUCUCAGAGCUCUUGUACAAGGCCAGAAAUGGAGGUUGAGAAUGUCCACGUCGAUCAGAUGCAGGAAUGCUCACAGCCAACACGGGGCGAGUCUUUUCCAAGUGACUCGAGAACACAGAAGAGUGAAGGGCACAUCAAUACAGGACAGAGAUUCAUGCAUGGAAAUGAUGCAAGAGGUUCAAUGAUGGGAAUCUAUCAGGAUGGUGAAACCGAAAUUUCACCAGGCAAGUGUUCCAAGCCAGAAAGUAUUAGUAGGAGGGAUGCUAUUAUGUCUAGUGAGGCUUGUGAGAACAAUAAAUUCCUGUUCAAUCAUUCUAGAGGCACCAUUGAUUUGAAUGGAGCUUUCGAUGAAAAUCAAAAUUGCAAUUAUCAAAAUUGUUCAUCUAGUAAUGGAACUAGCAAGUUUGAUUCUGGUCCGAAAUUGGAUCUUACCUUGAGAUCAAGUUCUGGUGACUUUGAGAGCCAUAUGGUUGAGAAGAGGCACAACCUUGGUCAUUCUAAUGGUUCGGCCUUUACACGAUACAUCAAUAAACCGUUGCAGCCCACAAACCCUACAUCAGCCGGUGUAUGCGAUCAAGAUAAAGAAAGCGGAUCAAACACCGAAAAGCAUAUGUUCGGUUUUGCUGCUGGACUUAGUUUUAACUCUGAUACCCCCCCUGGUCCCUCAAAAAGCUCACCGAAAAGUCAUAUUACAUUGGCUACAGGUCAAUCUAACCAUUCUGAAGUUGCAACUCAUUCCCCUCAACCGAGAUUAUUUCCUCUACCGAUUCCUGUGAAAGGUGUAAGGGUUAAUAAUCCAGUGGCAGGCUAUGGUUCUGUAGUAGUACCUUCAGGGUUCUGUUCACAAUCAGGUUCUUCCUCCGGGAUCAGUCCAAGCUCGGUUGCCCAACAAGAAUCUUCAUUGCUAAUCAAUGCGUUUUACCAAACGACUCCUGAAAAGAACAAAUCUGAGCAGUCAAAUGGCCUUUGUCGAAACAACAGCAUCGCCAAAGAUCAAUCCUUGCUAAAUCAAGAACAUAAAUUGGAUUUUUUCGAAGAUCGUGGGCGUAUCUCUCCUACAACCGAUCAAAGCGCUAGUAGUAGUUUGUGUAAUGGAAAUGCAAGUCAUCUUAAUAGUAUUGGGUAUGGAAGUGCUUGUGGAAGUAAUAGCAAUGUUGAUCAGACUGCCAUGAUUAGAACUGUUUCCGAGAACAAGAAUGAUGAAAGUUACUUUAAUAACAGCGGGAAUUCUCACCGAGCCAUUCAAAGAGAAGCAGCUCUUACAAAAUUUCGAAUGAAGAGGAAAGAUAGAUGCUUUGAAAAGAAGGUCCGUUACGAGAGCAGAAAGAAACUCGCUGAGCAACGUCCCCGAGUCAAGGGACAGUUUGUUCGCCAAGCGCAAACAGAUCCUUCGAUAGCAGAAACCGAAGGAAAUUCUUAGGAGUUAAUAACUAUUUAGAGCUUUGAAUAACAUUAAUGAUUGAAGAAAACACUCAUAAUGAUGAUCAAUAGUAGUUUAUUUCGAAAUCUUUUACUUCUUUUGUUGUAGUAUGAGAGUGAACUUUGGGGGCCAUAAGCACAAGAGAAAAUCACUUAGUGUGGUUUAUGUAUAGCUUUGUAAUUUCUACUCAAUUCUUUUUUUCUUUUUGGGUAGCUGUGAAUUUUGUUGAUUAACAAUCUCAUAGGUUUAUAUUGGUAUAUACACUCUUUUAGUAUUGUGAUUUGUAUCCAUAGUAACACCAUCAUUACCAAUCACCAGCUUGUAUACUACUAUAUAUGAAAGACUUCAUUUUUUUUAGUA